UGGAAGCGCGCGUCCCGUUCCGAUCGUGCAACCCUCGAUUCUUGUGCAACAUUUUCGACGGUGCUCCGACACGCGAGAAUAGUUUCGUACGGACCCGCUCCGCUUUCCUCCCAAUGCCGAGUUGCUCGUUCCAGCGGACCGCAGAACGUUUCCGAAGAAAUUGCAAACGUGACGGAACGUUAGCUGCGGCGUAGAUCGCUCGAACGAAAGGAAAAAGUAUCCGGCGCGAUUCUGGGGCGCCGAUUCCGAUGAGGAUUGUCGGAAGCGUCGUGGAAACGACCGUGGCUGCGGCCAGAGGCAUCCUUGUCCCCGUUCCGAACGAUGAAUACCUGAAAAUAAUUUUCUGAGUGUCGCCGGCGCACCGGCAACCAGAACGCGAUUAUCACCGAGGAGGAGGUCGUCGUUCAUCGACCAGCGAUUUUCGUACGACCAUUGACAUGUGAUCUCGAUCAGUCACGCCGCUGGCGGUAAUCAAUCAACCGGGACUCGUCGUCGUAAAGAUGCUGCAACGUUCGACAUUCGCGGCUCGAUCAGCGACAGUGGCGGUUCUCGAAGUUGCCCGCUUCGAAGCUCGAAGUUUCGCGAACUUGCUGCAGAACAUCGUCGAACACGCGGUGUGAUCCGCGAAUUCCUACGGGGCUCUUCUUUAAAACCUGUUUAGCUCUACGCGCAGUCGGUUCGAAGUCAAUGGGAAGUUCCUCGAAUUUCUCGGAGCAGUUACACCGAGCGAAGCGCAAACCGUAUCUCGUGGGGGAGGGGCGCGCGAGAACAGCCGACUGUUAAGCAGCGGACUCGGUUUCUUUGAUUAAGGACUCGAGGGGGGACACGGUGUCGAUGAGAUUAUCGUUCUCGAAGGGGCAAGAAAACGCGGGAGAAAUGUGCAUUAACAUCCUGGACGGACGGCGGGACGCGGGAGGAAUGGAAACUGACGCGAAGCGCUAGCCCCUGGCGAAGGGUGAAAAAAGGGGACAGCGGGAGAGGACAGGGGACAGAGAGGAGAAAAAGACGUACGAAACGGUAUAUAGAACGGAAGCGGGGCAACUGCUCCCGCCUUGGCGCUCAUCACCGCACCGGUCUCCAAAGUAUUCUCAGCCGUGAUAGACAGGAACAAAAGGGCAGACCGAGAUAUAGGGAAAAGCUACCCGUUGGAUCGAGAUGUUCGCCGAUCGGACACGGGAAAGGAAGUCGACUUUAACUUACUGCGAAUUCCGGCGAGGAUUUCUUCGACAAUACCGGCGGAACUAUUCCGGGUGUAAUUAUCCAUGGAACUCGGGGUCUUAAGAGCGGCCGGAACAAUGGGGAAGGUGUUGUUUUUCUCGCGGCAGAAGUUGUCCCUGGAAUGUUGUUCGUCGGUCUGCUGUUACGAAUGAUUGAUGUUAUUGGGUUACGAACCGGGACCGAUCGAAGAAGGAUGUUGUACAUUGGAACGGUUCUCGAGAAGAGUAAUUUCUAGAAGAGAAAGAGUGCACGAAUAGGGCUAAUUGGUUGUCGCUUAAGCGACCGGAAGAAAGCCGUUAGGGGUGACAGGACACGACAAGAGAGCGAACGUCGACUAUUGUGUCUGCACCGCUGCAGAAAUAGUAAAGAGGAUCAUCCCCGAGACACUGUGGCGGCCAUUAAAUCAUAACGGACAAAUGAAGACACGGGAUUGAAAUUGAUGGCACCGUCGACGAAAUUCGCUACUAAUGAGAACGAGGACGAAAGGACGGUGAAAAGAACAUCGAUCGAAAUUACGCAGAAUCUCGAAUCCGUUUAGACUGUCGCGUAACAAAUGGUCUUCGUUGAUCGCGGAGUGCGCGAUUGAAAUAAUUUUUGCGUGGAGUAUUGAUGUAUCAAAUGAUACAUAUGUGAAGUGAAAAUUGACGCAUUGCUCGAAAUUGUUAAAUCAAUUGGCGGAGUGAUGGAAGCGAUACAGGCUCUCGACGUCUUUAUGGACACCACGCCCGAUCCUUGGAACAGCACUUUGUGGAUGGACAACUACACUUAUUACAAUACCACCAAUGUCACGGACCUGGAGCUGAGGAAUCAAUUUAAGCUGCCAUGGUGGAGGCAAAUGAUCUGGACGUUGCUAUUCGCCGGUAUGAUCACCGUUGCCACCGGCGGCAAUCUAAUCGUGAUUUGGAUUGUUCUGGCGCAUAAGAGGAUGCGCACCGUGACCAAUUACUUUUUGGUGAACCUCAGCAUCGCGGACGCUAUGGUGUCCACCCUGAACGUCACGUUCAAUUAUAUCUACAUGUUGAACAGCCACUGGCCUUUCGGCACGCUCUACUGCAAGAUCUGUCAGUUCAUUGCGGUGCUCACUAUAUGUGCCAGCGUCUUCACAUUAAUGGCGAUUUCUAUCGACAGGUACAUGGCCAUUGUGAACCCGUUGAGGCCACGUAUGGGUAAAAGAGCCACACUCUGCAUAGCGAUCAUCAUCUGGAUCGUAGGGGCAGUACUUUCGUUGCCGAUGCUGCUAUUCUACACUACCUUCACACAGAAUUACGCAAACGGCGAAGUCAGAGUGAUCUGCUACAGCGACUUUCCCAACAGCGACGACAACGGUCUCAGUUACGACGAAUAUCUGUACAACGUCAUAUUCAUGAUACUGACAUACUUCUUGCCGAUCGGAUCCAUGACAUUCACGUAUGCUAGGAUUGGUCUGGAGUUAUGGGGAUCGCAAAGCAUCGGCGAAAAUACGGCAGGACAAUUGGAGAGUAUACGAAGCAAACGAAGGGUUGUAAAAAUGAUGAUCGUGGUGGUGGUAAUAUUUGCAGUGUGCUGGCUACCAUUCCACGUGUACUUCAUCGUGGUGUCUUACUUGCCCGAGAUCACAAACAAACCGUAUAUCCAAGAAGUUUUCUUGGGUAUCUAUUGGCUAGCGAUGUCUAACAGCAUGUACAAUCCGAUCAUCUACUGCUGGAUGAAUUCCAGAUUUCGGCGAGGAUUCGCGCAUUUCUUUUCCUGGUGUCCAUGGAUACGAGUGCCUCUAGAGCCGGCGUUGUCCCGAUCAGAAGCAGUAACCUCGCGGUAUAGUUGCACCGGAAGUCCGCAGACGAACACCAGGAUAUCACGGAACGGCACGGCGCGAAUACCGUUGAACCUGCAAUCGUCGAGAGGUGGAAACGAUCGUUUUCUGGCCCAUCAUCGGGGAAGAAAAUGGAAAAACGCGCAAACUAGCGGCCACGUGUCUUGACAAGAGGAGGACACGUCUCAUCAACAACGAGUACACACCUGGAUAUAAGGGUACAUAUCUUAAGCGGUCGCCUUCAACGCGCGCGCGCGCGCGAGAGAGAGAGAGAGAGAGAGAGAGAGAGAGAGAGAGAGCGAGAGAGAGAGAGAGAGAGAGAUUCACCGAAUACAAGAGGAUCAGAAGAAAACUCCUCCCUUACUAUUCGACACCCGUUAUUGACCAGGACGAAAGCUCAAACACCGUUGUAUCUAUGCGAUGUAAAUGUUGAUUACGUGCUAAGGAUUAAUCAGAGUUUCUGUUUCGAUGUAAAUACCAUUAAAUCGAGCUUCGAAACCGGUGUGAUCACGACAGAUAGUUGGCGCUGGAAAUCCGCUACAGUUUCACAGAUUUUCUGUUUGCCUGGAGCAAACGCGCUAUAGUGACUAUACCACAGUAACUAUUUUGGCUACGCGAGCACAAGGACUGAGAAUGAGUUUGUCUCUUUUUCUAUGUUGAACAACCUGUGAUAUUGACUUCCAUUAAUUAACCCUUUUGUUGAUAAUAAUGAUUGCAGUUAAUUUAGUCGUAUUGUCUCAUUGAUUAACGAGCUCGUUACUUAUUUUUGAACUUUGAUUGUUCUGAUUUACGUACACUUGCCGACGAAGCUUAAGAAACGCUCAUUUUUUAAUUUUCAAUUUGAAGAAAUUCUGUUUAUUUCUAUAAUUCGUUUUAUUUGUCGUAUGCAUUAAAUAAAACAAUAUUGCAAUAUGAACAACGCGUCAUAUGCUUCGCUAUAAUAUGUACUUUUAAUUUAAGAAGACGUAUAUUUAUCGAAAUAUCAAAUUUUACUCAAAUCAUAACGAUACGUAAAGUUUGUUAACUUUUGUCGGUAAACGUGUAUCUUACUAUUUUGAUUUUUAAACAAUGUGCGGGAAGAGCUAGAUGAUUUGACUGGGAAUGAAAGAGCAUAAAAUAGAAGUAAAAUAUCAUUUCGUUAUUAUCAUUUUGGAACCGUCUAUCCCUAUUCAUAAUUUACUCUAUGCAUAAAAUGUAAUGGACCAAUGAUCUAAGUACGAACAUUGUUUUUCGAAGAACGAAGUGAAACCAAGGAAACUUCCGCAAACGAAAUACUUGCAUUAAAAUUGUACAUUACCACAUAGAGACAAACAGAUUACUUGAUUGUAAAAAGUAUGGUGCUUAGUUUUAUCAAUCUCCGUGUUCCUAUCGUGUGUAUCAAUAAACGUGAUAGUCUGCAUACUAAAGAAUACUAAUUUCCAAUGGAUAAAGAUAUUUCCUACUUCGAAAAAUAGUUCCUCAAGAAACGCGAAUUUUUCACUUGACUAUAUGCAAUUCUUUCAUGAAGUGUAAGAAAAGAUUGAAUAAGUUUUUACACAACACGAAAAGUGGAUAUUUGCACAACAUUCUUCGUUAGGAAUUAAAAAAAUUUUAGAAAUAUGACAUUUAUGUCAUUAUAUUUUUUUGCCGUAAAAUAUCGAAUUCUGCUUUUGAAGCAUACUAGUUAUGAAUCGAGUAUAUACUUUUAUGUAUUAUACUGUUAUUGUAUUUUCAUUGAAAUAAAUACUUAGAACUGCCAAUAUUAUAUUAAAUGAAUUAAAUAAUAUAACAGAACUUCAUGCUUUUUCAAUAUUAAGAAAAUUUUAGUGAUAAAGAUUUCUUUUAUCAUCUUCGAUUUAUAAUUUGUUUAAAAAAUUGAUGAAGACUUCUUCCCUCCCAAAUUUAUUCUAUUGUUUGUGAUUUGCAAAAAAAUCUCGACUUCUAUUUUCAAAUUUCCUCUAACAUAGUGCGGAGCAAAAAUACUCUGGGAAAAACAAACGCUUUUUAAUGUACUAGUUAAAUAGAAAUAUACAUAUACAGACAUUAUUCUAUUUAGUGUAAUGAAAAAUGUUAUACGCAAAGGCAAGGAAUGUAUAAAUUAUUAAAUAUGUACAAAGAUGUAUGAGAAUCAAUCUAAUUUAUAAGUAUUGGUUUUUGUUCAUAUGUAAAUACUUUUAAAAUUUCUAAUGAGAAUUACUAAAUAGUGCACAUAAAACAUCAUUUUGCAUAAUUUAUUUGUUAAAAACAAGGCUAGCUUCCCUCAGCCAAGUACUUACUA